AUGGAAUCUCUUCGAGCAGUGAUUUCUCGGCUCUUUGCUGAUAUACAAGAUGUACAAUCUACCACUGAUUGGCAGCAUACAACAGAGAAAACACAAACUUUUUAUGGAUUGUUUGAUAGAAAUCCAUCCAAGAGACGUAGACUUUCUCUACUUCAUCCAGAGGCAUCACAUGUGGAUGCCAACUACGAUAACAGCGUUGUUGCGCUUCAGCACACAAGUCCAAACAGCAUCCGUUUAGAUUACGAAGCUCUAGCGCAAGAUUUUGUGAGAGCAUGUCAAAUAGGUGGCGGCAGUGUGAACGAGCAAUUAAAAGUAAUCAUGUUGAAAUAUCGAGAACCGCCCAUCACCUUUGAAAAAACAUCUCGUCUUGUAACAUUUUUGCAUCACGUCUUGAAAGUGAUCCCCAUCAUACCCACAGCCACCGCAAAGGCUGGAUUUCCAUUAGGCUCACUUGUGGAAGACAUGACAUUGACGCUAUCAACACAACAACCAGCUAUUUGGAUCAUUACGAUACAAUUCAUGCUGUCUUGUCUUAGAAGUGCACCACAGCAAUACAUUUACCAUUCAGGCGUAACAACACCAGUGAUUCUCAGUGUUGUCAAGCACGUCUUGCUGGAAGUAACUCGACUACCGCACAAUGACAUGUCGACUAUACAGGAAAAGUGCUUUGCGGUUGGAAAGGAACUGCUGGAUUUGUUCUUGAUACGAGAUAAUGCAGCCACCGAGGAGCUGAAGAUCUCCAAAAAGUUUAUUGGCAUAGGCACCAUUUCUUACUAUGAUGUGAUCUAUUCGUUUCCUGAAUUGUACGGCCAUUUCCUUAAUGCAGCCAUGACACCCAAUACCACAGCGCCACAACCAUCUAUUGCUAACAACAACAUUUGGCUCAUGACACUCAAUUACCUAACAGUCUCUAUACUGCAAGAUCACCGACUCUUGGACCGCAUACCCACGCUGAUGGCCAUCAACGUGAUUAAACAUGUAUUGCGAGAGAUCAACACACUGCCUGCCGACCUCACUACUGUACAAGUCAACUGUCUCAACAAGGGGAAGGAGUUGAUCAACUUGCUGCUCUUGGGGGCCAACGGGGAUGGAGCAGGCGCUGUGUCUCAUUACGAUAUCAUUGUUGCUCUGCCCGAUGUGUAUGGCCAUUUCCAACACGGUACCUUUGCUCAAAGUGUACACUGGGCCAUGGAGAAGUUCAUCAAUGAGUUGGGUAAGAGACGUCGCCAUUUAGCCUUUUUGAUGAUGCCUCCUGAUGCAUCAUGGCCAUUGAUUUCCUUGAUGAGCAGAAGACACGAAUACAAUGAUUUGACGACCAGAACCAGUUACCAUAUGUUUGAAGGCGAUCUCAUUGAAUUUGUCAAGGAGGGCAAUUCCACCAAUAUCGAGACACAUUUCCGAGACAUGUUGUUCCAACGUGCCUCCAUGGACGAGUUUAGACAACUGGCCAUGUCCUUGACACAAACCGGCCUUGAUACGACGUUGAUUCGAAAAGCCAUGGUGGCCAAAGUGAGGGAUGUCAUUCGAUGCAUACAGCAUUUCAGCAGAACUGGCAAGAGAGAAGAAGUCCAUGUCAAGAGUGAAAAGGAACUAGAGUCAUCGUCAACAGCCACUAUUCGAGGAGAAGAUAUCAAGAUGAUGAUACCAGAGAAUAUCGAUCUAUGGGAAUUGAUGACGGAAACUGCAGAUCAGUUGUAUAGUUUUGUGUCUGCCGACUUCUUUUCAUACGAGGACAUACUGAACGACUUUUAUGAUCUCGUCUAUAAACCCAACGGGGAGCCCUACAUGCCAAGUGCCAGAGAUCACAUUACCAAAGACAAUGGCCUGACAUGGCUCUUAUUGCAGUUAUUUUACAUUGAAAAGGUGUCCAAAGAUGUGAUUCAAAGAGACUUUGAGCAGGAUGAAAAGCUAUUUGACAAACUCGUGCGGCUCUACAACGAAGAGCAAACCGAAUCCAAAGACGCCUUUACGUUACGCGACCUUUCCUUGCAAUGCGCAGUAAAUCACCAAAAGGCCCAUAUCAAAGAUGUCAGCAACAUCAAGCAACGCCACCCGCUGAUUGCUGCUUCAUUGCAACACGCUGGACUCUGUUACAAAAUCCAAGCUUAUUUCAGCAGCUACUAUCACAGUAACGUACCCACCAACCAUACAUUAUUUAAAAACUUGGAUAUUCAAGAAAUGACCAAGAUCGCCAUGGAGAGUCAGUUGCGACAAGAUGUGGUUCCAUAUACCCUUUAUGUGUAUCUCGUGCCUACCAAAGCAGACAUUGAUACAUUGGGACACGCAUCUGCUACCUACAUCAAAGGCGGGUCUCUGGAUUACAAGCUGCUGGAUCUGCUGUGUGUCAAUGCUAAGCAUCGAUUACUGCAAGUGAUUUACAAGAUGAUGUUGGAUAGUGAGCAGGGACCACGAUACCAAUCCUCUGGCGUGCCUCCUGUUGCUUGUGUGCCGCCCAAUGUAGUGGACGUUGUGUACAAAUUGCUCUACAGUGCACCAUGCUCUGCUGAAUUGAUGAUCAAGGAAAUCUUUGACAAGCUACGACGAUGCGAUAAAAUGGUCAAAAUGAAGCACAUUGGCGAAGCGUCCAACAAUACGCCACAGCAAUUGCCCGAUCAAACCAUGCGUUGGCUACAAACCAUACUGCAGCUCAUGAACUAUCGAUUCAUCCGCUUUCUCAAGUACUCUCCACUGUCUACUGGAUUGCUACACCAGAUCCGCUACUCCAUCUCUUUCCUGGAGAACCGGCAAUGCUAUCACACCUUGGAGUCAUUCGCCAUCAAUGUCAUUCACAUGCAAAUCGAUGUCAAACUACUGCGUUCGCUGGAUGACCCCCACCGAGAAAAGCCUAUUUGGUUUGCAGAGUCAGAAAUGCUGGCUCGUUUAGCUGUGUGCACUAUCAGUCGACUGAUCAAGACGCGAGGACAAGCAGACAUCAAGACGGACCAAAUCUAUAGAGUAUUGUCUAGCUUGUACGAGUAUCGAUUAGAGUGGUCUCCCGAAGCCAUCAGCUAUUUCCCUGCUGCUGUAAGGUCAUUCUACGAGAGUGCUAAUACCAGCGCACCACCCAGACAGCCUGUGACACCGCCCAAAGUACAGCACAUGCUGUCUACCAACAAGGCCAUCACGACCUACCUGUUGCAAGCAUCACCUGAAGCAGAGCACUUGGCUGUACAAUUCUUUUCCAAUGUGGAGAACCAGCCGAGUCUGCUGUGUGCUAUCUGGGUCAUUGCAAUCACUCGAAACUCGGUGGAGUGCUUCCAGAUGGCUGCUGUGCGUCGACUGCUUAUGCUAAUCGCCCCUUCCAGAAUGGCCACAUGCACUAUUGACUUGAUGGACUUUAUUCUUACCAUUGAUGCACCCGCCAACACUGAAUUCAUGUACACCAUCUUGGACACUUUUAUCUGGAAAUACCAAUGGAUCAACUUUAACCAUGUCAUUUUUGCACUGAUGAAAGGCAGCGGUAGCCCAGAUCGCACCAUCAAAGCCUGCAAGUACUUGGGCCAUGUGCUGUUGGAAUCGCCCGAAUUCCAGAAACGAGUAGCCAAGUGGGACUCACUCAAGUUUAGUCAUCGCCACUGGACCGAAGACAACUUUCAAGCCAAAUUGACGCAGUACCUACAGGAAUUCCCAGAGUAUCACGAAUUUGAGAGUUUUGCGCCCAAUGUGGACUUGCCUCAUCAACAGACCAAAUUGCCCGUCUACUUUACCAGCAUGGUCAGUGAUUUCAUCUCGUCCAUGGAGAACUUGAUCAUGCGCUUGAUCGAUUAUGGCCAAUCUGAUAUGCUGAUCAACAUAUUGGACAAGUAUGGCCAUUUGUUUUAUCAAUCGCAGACUCCAUUGGUAUUUGUCGCCAAUACCCUGCUGUACUAUCACUCGUCAGAGAUACUGCGUGAUCCUCGAAUCCUCAAGAGAAUCCUCCGUCUGAUUGAUUUUGAGCAGUAUACCAUUUUACCCGAGGCGAAGCAGUACGCGCAAAACGAAGAGGACGAUGGCAGUGCAUUCAAUGCUGAGUAUUUUGAACGUGUGAUUUACAAAUUAGCAGGAAACUUGAAUCCUCAGCGAUGUGCGCCUAGAACAAACCCUCGUCUCCCUGAACGUCAUUUCCGUGAAAUUGGUAGUCCAGCCGUGGAAGGCAUUACGAUUGCUACCUUGGAGAUCAUGUUGACGCCAGUACCGCCGUCCACCAUCAUUGAAAAGCUGCUGGAUUUAGCCUUGCUGAGAGAAUCGCACCAUGUGGGUGUCUCUGCAUUGAGAUUACAUGCCAUUGGUCUCAUUGUGCCACUGUUACCGCAAAACGAAUUUGUGGACCCUGUAUUGAAAGAGCUGAAUGAUUUGAUAGCCAAUGAUCCUUAUUUACUGGAGAUUUCAGAGCCAUGUCGACUGAUCCGUUGCGGCAUCCCUAGAAAAGUCAAUGGCAGAUACACCAUGACGCAGACACUGCCAGACCUCACAAGUACAGCAGUGCUCAAAGACAGCAUGAGUGCUCGAUUGCGAAAAGCAAUGAUCUACCCAUAUAUUUUCAACGAUUACACAUUCAAUCUGCACAACUACAGCACCAAUGCACCCAACAGUUUCCUCUGUUUGUUCCAUAGCAUUGUUCAUUACUCGAGCUUGGAUAUUUUCUCGGUCUUUUUAGAAUACACACAGCGAUUACGAAACUCGGGCCAGCUCAAGACAGAUGUGCAGUUGCUGUAUAUGUGCUUUUUGAUAGGGCCAGCACUUCAUCGUAUUGAGAAAUUGGAUAGCAGUGAUGCAGGCUUUCUAAUUGAAUUAAUGCACAUGGUCAAGCAAGUAACCACUUCCAUGGACAUGAAGGAUGGCUGGACGACACAAGCAUUGGAACAGGUGUACGACUUUUUGUAUCAUAUUCGCACUCGAUUCGUGAAAUCGAAUGAAUUGGCCACUCAAUUGAGAGACAUUAUUCGAUCCAUGAAUCCACCCAUCUCUCAACGAUUAUUAAGACUUGUCUUUGAAAAGAAAUCAGAAUAA